UUCCGUCGCGUUUCGUGACGUCACUUCCGCGCGCGCUCCCCCGUUAGGCCCCCACCGCGGCGCUCCCGGCGGGGCUGCCCCCGGCGCUGCCUGUCCCGGUUCCCUCCCGGUUCCCCUCACGGUUGCCGCCGCCAUUUUGAGCCCUCACAAUGUCACCGUGGGGCCGCUGCCCGCUGGUUGAGGACAGUUUCAGCCGGUUGGGCUCGCAGAGUAACGUGUACGGGCUGACGGCGUUGGCGGGGCCCGGUACCGGGCCCGGGGGGUUGUUGGCGGCGGCGCUCAAAGGGAAAGUUUUGUUGUUCCGGUACCUUCAGCUGAGGCCUCGCCUGCGCCCGUUGGCCCGGGAGAUGCAGUUCACCUACAUCCCCGUGGAUGCCGAGAUCGUUUCCAUCGAUUCCUUCCCCAAAUCCCCCCCCCAGCGCGGCCUCGUGGUCGGGAUCACCUUCAUCAAGGACUCGGGGGACAAGCCCAGCCCCUUCCUGAACAUUUACUGCGACUACGAGCCCGGCUGCGAGUUCGACCUCGACUCCGUGGCCCAGAGCUGCCUGAACCUGGAGCUUCACUUCACCCCCUUCCAGCUGUGCCACGCUCAAGUCAGGGUGGGGGAGCACCUGGAGACCGUGUUCCUGCUGAGUGGGAAUGACCCAGGAAUUCACCUGUACCGGGAGAACCCAGGCUCUCACCAGUUUGAGGAGCAGCCGAUCCAGCUCCUGUUCCCCGAGCUCCAGAACGUUCCCAGCACGGUUCUGUGGUUGGACGUUCGGUCGCUGCCGCUCUCCGGGCGCCGCCUCUCGGCCCUCGGCUGCCAGAGCGGCUUCGUGCGCGCGGCGCUGGUGGACGAGGGGACAGGGGCUGUUUUGCAGAGCUGGAGCCUGCAGCAGGACGGGCCCAUCUCCUCCGUGCUGCUUUUCCCGCUGCCCACGGGGGAGGAAGAGGACCCCGAGGGCUCCUGGAGCCUCCUGGUGAGCAGCGCCCUGGAGGCUGCUGUGGUUUAUGGGGGCCUCCUGAGGCAGGGUCUGUCUCAGCCCUUGGCUCUCCCCGGCAGCCGCGGCUCCGACGCCGUCGUUUGCGCCAAAGUCACCGACGUCGACUUCGACGGCGUCAACGAGGUCCUGCUGGGGACCUAUGGACAGGAGCUGCUCUGUUACAAAUACACCGAGGUCCCUUCCGGGGUCACUUCCGGGGUCGGCCCCGGGGUCACUUCCGGGUCGCGGGGUCACUUCCGGGGUCACUUCCGGCCGCUCUGGAGCCGCCGCUUCCCCUCCCCCCUGCUGGCGCUGGAGCCGCUCGACCUGACGGGGGAUGGGCUGAGGGAGCUGGCGGUCGUGUGCCUGGGGGGGCUCCAUGUCCUGCAGCACAGCCUGGCCCCGACGGCGCGGCUGCUCCGGGAGCGGCUCCGCAGGGAGGCGCGGCAGAAACGGAACCAGAAAAACCAAAAUCUGGAAAAAAUCCCCGAGAAGAUUCCGGAAAAAACUCCCGAAAAAAAUCCCGGGAACGGGGAAAAAAUCCCGGGAAAAAUCCCCGAAAAAAUCCCGGGAAAAAUCGCGGAAAAUUUCCCGGGAAAAAGCGGCGAAAAUUGGCGGGAAAAUGCCGAGAAAUUCCCGGGAAAAAGCAGCGAGAAUUGGCGGGAAAAUGCUGAGAAAUUCCCGGGAAAAAACUCAGAAAAAAUCCCGGAAAAAUUCCCGGGAAAAAGCGGCGAAAAUUGGCGGGAAAGCAGCGAGAAAUUCCCGGGAAAAAGCGGCGAAAAUUGGCGGGAAAGCGCGGCGGCGGCGGGAGCGGACCCGAAGGGGAACAGGUAG